GGUUGCUUGUUUCCGUAAACAAGUAAUUCAAAUAUUUUCGGAUUUUCCAGAAUAAUUUAUAUUUGUUGGUAUCACCUUGAGACUCUGUGAACGUUCAUAAAUUUCUAUGCCGCCUUAAAAGCCCUUCACGUCUCCCCAUCCGCUCCUCAACGCAGUCUUUCUGGCCUUCCGAGUUCAUCUAAUCCCUUCGUCCGCCGCCCCGUCUUCCGAUCUCCAUUACCAUCCCUCCAAAAGCUCACGACGCCAAUGCUGGCGUCUGGCAUCAGAAGGAGAGGAUUAGGGUAAAAGUUGGGGACUCGGAGAGGAUUUGGAGGCGAUGAUUUCGAAGUUGGAGCGUAAUCCUCAAGAUUCGUCGUAAAGUUACAGGAGUUUUUCUAGGAGAAGAGAUGCAAACUUCCGGAAAUACAUCAAUUUGCUACAAGUCUAGAAGGUCUUCCCGUAUCAGGAAGGAGCUCUCUUCUAAGAUAAAUUCCUUGUCGAGAAACAAGAAUUCUUGCAACAUUUCCUGUAAUAAGAGUUGCAAUCUUAAACCAAGAAUGAGGAAGAAGAAUAUUCCAAACAGCAAACCGGUGGAAACUCUGCAGAGAAUUUCUGAUAGCCAUGCUGCUAAGGGUCGAUUUUCCUUACAGUUUUUAGGCAAUAACAAUUCUUGUAUAUGUCAUAAAAGAAAUAGGAAAGUUGCAGCUGGUGAUCAUGCAAUCAAACUGGACAAAAGGAAAAGGCGGAAGAGGAAGCAAAAAAAUAUAGAGCAGGAUGAAGCCUCUCGUCUGCAAAGAAGAGCAAGAUACUUGCUUAUCAAAAUGAAACUGGAGCAAAAUCUGCUUGAUGCAUAUUCUGGAGAUGGCUGGAAUGGCCAGAGUCGCGAAAAAAUCAAGCCAGAAAAUGAGUUAAAAAGAGCUAAGAAGCAGAUAUUGGAGUGUAAGCUUGGAAUCCGUGAUGCCAUUCAUCAGCUUGAUUUGCUUAGCUCUAUAGGAAGCAUUGAAGAUUCUGUAAUGUAUCCAGAUGGUUCUGUUUUCCAUGAACAUAUUUUUUGUGCAAAAUGCAGAUCUCGUGAAGCUUUUCCAGAUAACGACAUCAUACUAUGCGAUGGGACCUGCAACUGUGGUUUUCAUCAGAAAUGUUUGGAGCCUCCUCUGGAAAAAAUUCCUCCUGGAGAUCAAGGAUGGCUUUGCAAAUUUUGUGAGUGUAAAAUGGAAAUUCUAGAAGCCAUUAAUGCACAUCUAGGAACUUGUUUCACUGCAAACAGUAGCUGGGAGGACAUUUUCAAAGAAGCAGCUACUGGUCCCGAUGUUGAAAACAUACAUCUUAAUCAUGCUGAAGAGUGGCCAUCUGAGGAUUCUGAAGACGAAGAUUAUAAUCCUGAAAUAAACGAAAAUAACAAUAGUAGAACAGGCAUAGAUGAAAACAUGGCUGGUGAUUCUGGUAGUUCAAGCAGUUUAUUUUGUUCGUCUGAUGAAGCUAUGUCAUAUUCUGAAUCAAGACAAACUAAUGGCAAUGGGAGAUCUUUUCAUGUUCAAAACAAAGACAGGAACAAGGCUGACUUUGUUGAUUCUAUCAACACUGAAUCUGGAGAAGAGAUCAUGAGCUACCGAAGGCAGCGGAGAGAUGUCGACUAUAAAAAACUUCAUGAUGAAAUGUUUGGUAAGGAUCUGACUGAAAAUGAACAACAAAGUGAAGAUGAAGACUGGGGUCCUCGUAGGAGGAAGAGGAGAACAGAAUCAACCACUGGAACUAUCAUGGCUAAUUGUGUUAAUGAGGAUGGAUGUUCCGAUACAGUAUCAACUAAGAAAAUUUCACUUGACAGGAAACCACUUUUCAGGAUUCCUUCCAAUGCAGUUCAGAAGCUCCGCCAGGUUUUUGCUGAGAAUGAACUUCCUUCAAGGGCUGUCAAGGAGAAUCUCUCAAAACAAUUGGGUAUUUCAUCAGAGAAGGUCAGCAAGUGGUUUAAAAAUGCACGAUAUGCUGCUCUUAAAACGAGAAAGGCAGGAAUCACCAAACCACAUCACGUUAAUAGUGUCACCAAAAGAACAAGAAUAAAUGCUGGAAAGUCACGAAGCUUUGAUGAAGUUGCAUCAGUUGACGAUUCUAUUUUGCUACCCUUGUCAUCCAUCAUUCAUGUACGUGGAAAUUUUAGAAAUAUUCUCCAGAGAAAGACACAAAGAUCAAUGAACAUCCCUUCAAGAAUGCAGCAUAAAAGAGCUGCCAAUACACGGUCCACUAAUGAAUUUCAGACUUUCAGAACCAGUCUUACUGCGAAUCAAGGCCCCUCCAUAUCUGUCAAUGGAAAUUUGUUGGAGCUAAUUUUACCACACAGUCAGGCGAGAACAUCAGUUACCAACAGCAUGAACCUCAAGAAACAAGUAUGUGGUCGAAGAAGUAAGUUUACCUUGGAGAGAGCAUUCAGAACCAGGAGAGGAACUGUAUUUCAGCAACAUGAGAUGACCGAGAACCAGCAGCUUUACUUGGCUGAGAUUGAAAGACUGUGUGGUCUUGAAGAAAGGCUUCAGAACUUGAAGAAGGCACUGCUAUCAUGCAAAGAUAAUGAGAGUGAAUCAGUCAAAACUCAUUUGACUGAACAAAGUGUGAUCUAUGUUCCUGUUGCUGAGGUUAAGGUAAGGGAAUGACAUCUGAAAAUCAUCUCAUAAAUGUUAAGUUGUUGUACUAUCUUAAAAAUUACUAGUAAUAGUUAUCAUUACUCAGAAUCUAUAUUGUUAUGGCAAGCAGCUGUUGAGCCAACAACAAACGAUAAAAUUGUACAACAAACUUUUCUUUAUUUAUUAUCAUAACACUCCAUUUUUGCCAUUA